AUGGAACAAAGAGCCACUCCACAGUUGCUCUCUCUGCUUCCGAGAUUAAGCAGCUUGAAAGAACUGAAACAAAUUCAUGCCUACAUGAUCAAAACUGCCAUAGAUCAAAACCCGUAUGAAGUCAGCGAACUUGUAGAAUUCGCUGCUCUUUCUACUACACCUCAAAUCUUUGCUAAAGCGCGCGAGCUGUUUUAUCAAUUCCGAAGCCCGAACCUGUUCCUCUACAAUACCUUGAUCAGGGGUUCCUUAAUAAACAAAAGAGCGGAAGAAGCUACCUUCCUGUACAUUCGAAUGCGGGACGAUAAUCUCCUCCCCAAUAACUUCACUUUUCGCUUUGUUCUUCGUGCCUUCGAGGAGAGAUUGGACCUCAGAGGUGGGGAGGAGGUUCACGGAUGCAUUCUCAGAACUGGGUUUGGGUCGGAUGUUUAUGUUCUGACCACACUGUUGAACAUGUACUGUGUGUGUGGAGAUAACAUGAAGGCCGCAACCAAGGUCUUCGAAGAAAUGCCUGUGAAGGAUGUGGUGUCCUGGAAGUGUAUGGUUUCUGGGCAUGUCAGACAUGGAAAUUUGGAGUCGGCGAAGACUUAUUUGGAGCAUGCCCCUGAGAGUAACCCUGACUCUUGGAAUUCGAUACUCUCGGGUUUCGCCAACUCUAUGAGAAUUGAAGAAGCAGAGAGAUUGUUCAAGGAGAUGCCAAAGAAGGACACAGCGUCGUGGAAUUCACUGAUCAGCGGGUACCUUAGUUUUGGAUACUUUAACUCUGCUGAAUGGCUAUUUGACCGACCGAUGCCGAAGAGGGAUGCCGUUUCUUGGGCAGCCAUGACCGACCGGUAUGUGAAAAAGAAAAAUGGUGAUGACAACAAGAAGGGUUCAUUUUGGAGACCACCUGAACAUGGCUGGUUAAAGGUGAACACAGAUGGUGGCUACACAAAAGAGGGAUUAGCAUCUUUUGGCGUCAUCGUUAGGGAUUGGCGUGGAAGCUUCGUGGCAGCAAAAUAUGGCUCUUGUCAUGCAUCAUCAUUCAUAUUUGCAGAAGCAUUUGCGGUAAAACAAGGCAUUCUUUUAGCACAGAGGUUAGGUGCGAAGAAGUUGGUGGUUGAAAGUGAUUGUCGAGCUUUGGUAAGAAAUCUCAAGGACCCUAGUCGUCAGAUGAUGCCCGACCUCGGGUUAUUGAUUAAAGACAUCUUAGAGGUGAUCAAAGACUGUGAAGUUAAAUUCUGUUCUGUGGGAAGGAAUUUGAACCAAGCUGCGCAUUGUGCUGCUGUUAAAGGGCAUUUGGCGAACAAUGAAUCCUUUGGCCACCCUCCGAAUUGGCUGAAGGACGUUCUGAAUUCUGAUUUUUCUUUACGGCUGUUGAACGGUAUUAGGAGAGACCUGUGUGGGACGGUUUAG